AUGGUGCAGGACCAGGCGCUGUCGGAGCUGGCGGCGCUGGACACGCUGCUGGGCAUGGCGGCCAAGCGCGGCGGCGCGCGCGCGGUGGUGGGCGCCACGCUGGACGCGCUGGCCGAGCUCUUCGCCACCGUGCUGCUGCCGGACCGGCGCCUGCGCUUCUUCGAGCAGCAGUCCCUGGGCGCGCUGACACCGGGAGUGAGGGCUGACGAUCUGGCGCUGCUCUACCUCCACUUCGAGGACUGCGUGAAGAAGCGCUAUGCGCGCUUCGUGGACAUCCUGGAGGAGGGGUCCAAGGACAACCUGGAGUUUGUCAAGGACAAGUCCGUGAAGGCCAUGUACGACCUGCUCAGCAAGAAACCGGAGCAGGAGCAGCGUCUGCUCUCCGCCCUGGUCAACAAGCUGGGCGAUCCCGAUCGGAAGCUGGCCUCCAAGGUCGGCUUCCUCCUGUCCCGCCUGCUGACGGAACACCCCAUGAUGAAGGUAGUGGUGGUCCGGGAGGUGGAGCGAUUCAUGUUCCGCCCAGGCCUCCAGGACAGGGCCCGAUACUAUGCCGUUGUCUACCUGAAUCAAAUGGUGCUGAGUCACAGCAGUACCCAAGGCGGCCCAGCCCUGGCCCGGCGCCUGAUAGAUGUGUACUUCACCCUCUUUUCCAUGAUUCUAGACGGCAAAAUUGGUACUGCUGCGACACUCCAUAAGGAGAGCGCUGCAGUGCAGCACGGCAAGCAUGGCGGCAAGCAUGGCGGCAAGCACGGCGCCAAGCACCAGAAGAGGAAGGGGGGAAAGCACGGCAAGGGCAAGUCCUCCCACUCCCACCCUCCCAAGAGCAAGGCCGGGAAGGGGGAGGGAAAGGAAGGCGGCGCACCCGAUGCGCUGACUGGGCAGACCGGGGAGCUAGACGCGCGCAUGCUGUCGGCCCUGCUGACGGGCGUGCGCCGUGCUUUCCCCUUUGUCCCGGCCGAGGAGGUGGAGCCCCUCAUCCAGCAGCAUGCAGACGCGCUGUUCCGGCUCAUCCACACGCGCUCCUUUGGGGUGGCCACGCAGGCCUUGCUGCUCCUCUUCCAGCUCAUGUCCAGCAGGAAUGCGCUUUCAGACCGCUUCUACAGGGGCCUGUACUCUGUGCUGUCCAGCUCGGAGCUCACAAAGUCCAGCAAGGCGCCAAUGUUCCUCAGCCUCCUGCUCAAGGUGUGUGGUCUCGGGAUAGUUCUCUUGAAACGUCCCCCUCCAUCUGUCCAUACCUCCUGCCCCCCCACGGCCGUGCAAGCGGACGUCAGCCACAAGCGCACCUGUGCCUUUGCCAAGCGCCUGCUGCAGGUUGCCCUGGAGUCUCCUGCGAACUUUGCCUGCGGAUGUCUCAUCCUGGUAUCAGAGGUUCUCAAGAGUCGGCCGGGGCUGUGGAGCGCAGUGCUUCAAGCGGAGGAGAGCGGCGACAAUCUGGAGCAGUUCAAGGACGCCGAUGAGGGCGGCGAGGCUGGGUUCCAGCCCACCAGGCCGCACACCGUCAGGAAAGAGGAUUCCGGUGCGGCCCCACGCUGGCCAGAUAAAGAGGGCGGAUACGACGCCCAGAAGCGUGACCCGCUGUACGCUGGCGCGGACGCGUCCUGCCUCUGGGAGCUGGACUGCCUGGCAUCCCACGUACACCCCUCGGUGGCGGCCAUGGCCCGCGCGCUGCUGGCGGGCACGUCGGUGGUCUACGACGGCGACCCGCUCCGCGACCUCACCCCCGCAGCCUUCCUGGACAAGUUCAUCGCGCGGCGGCCCAAGGCCGGCGGCCGCGCGCGCGGCGGGUCGGCCAUGCAGCCCUUGCCCGGGGUCGCGGAGACGGGGGCGCCCGACUUUGGGCAACUGUCCGAGGCGGACGUGGCCCCGGAAGACGUCUUCUUCCUCAAGUACUACAGCCUGGCGGGGGUAGCGCGGCGGCGCGCGGCGGCCGCGGCCAGGAAGGCGCGGGCGGCGGGCGCGGGGGAGGAGGAGGAGGAGCUGCUGUCCGACGCCGACUCGGAGGAUGCCGAUGCCUACCUGGAGGGCGAGGAGGAGGGGGGCGAGGAGGGCAUCGGGGCCGACCCCGACCGCGCCGCGGGGUACGACUACUCCCAGCUGGCGGACGCCAUGGCAGACUCAGGGGGCGAGGAUGACAGCGACAGUGAAAGCGAUGCCGGCGGUCUGGAGGAGAGCGACGGUGGAGAGGAGUCUGCAGACGGAGAGGAGGAGGUUGUUGGAGGUGAUGACGAGGGCGAGUCUGGUGGGGACGACAAAGAGGAGGCGGACGGCUCGGAGCUGGAGGGCGCAGAGUUCUCCGACAUGUCGUCUGGUGAUGAGGAUGGCGACAGCGACGACGACCUGGCCAGCCUGCCUGACUCGGGCGAGGACUCGUCAUCGGGGGACGAGGAUGCAGCUGACGCCGAGGUGGCAGCCCUUCUCGGCUCCAAGGCUGUGCGUAGGGGUGCCAAGUCCACAGUCUCAGGUCCAGAAGACGUCAACCCCUUUGAGCUGGCAGAACCGAGCAGCAGCAGCAGCAGCAGCGCCGACAAUGAGGAGGACGAUGAGGAUCACGAGGACGAGGAGGUCGAGGCCCUGCCAGCACGGGGUGGCAAGCGCCGCUCGAAGGACCUGAGCUCAGACUUUGCGCCCUUGGAAGAGUACGCCCACCUGCUCAACGGGCAGGCAGAGAGGGAUGAACCAGCCUCGGCGCAGGCAACUCCCAGGGGGGACAAGCAAAGCAAGCGAAGAAGGAAGUGA